AUGUCGGGCACCUCCAGUUGCGGCAGUCACAACAGCCUCACACUCACCGAGUUACCGACUCAGGUGGAGCUGGAGGCCCUCAAAAGAGCCUUUAAUGCCUUGGAUGCUGAUGGGGAUGGUCGCUUGAGCUCUCACGAUAUCCUCAGUACCCUCUGCCGCCUACGCCAUAAAAUAACACGGGCAAGCCUCGCAAAUCAAGAGGUGGAGGUUAUGCUCUGGGAGGUGGACGAAGACCUUGAUGGGCACAUCAGUUGGUCCGAGUUCCUGACGCUGUACCAAAGAGGCACCGGAGAUGCUACAGGGUUGGAGCCACGUGGGCUGUUCCAUGUGGUUCAGUUCUUGAUGUACGACAGAGAUCUUAAGGGUGAAAUCGGUGUCGAGCAAACCCUACAAAUUCUCUUUGUUAGAUUUGGACGCGAGCUCCUUGACGAAGAGAUCCAAGCGAUAUUUGGAGAAGAAGACAGGAAGCAUGAAGGACCGGAGAAGAGAGUGACGCUAACGGAAUACCUCGAGCGGGUCAAAGAUAGGACCAGGGAAGAAGGGUAUUACAUACCCAAGGAUGAGAAGAAAAAAUUAGACGUCACAACGUACGUAUACGAUUUCGCAAUGACACAAAAGCAUAGUAGUCCCUGCACCGUAGUCCGUAAGCCCGAAAAAAAUCAUGGUGUAUAUGCCUCUUCGAGAUUAAAUAGGCUGAAAUUUAUAUUGUACAGCAUGAGUAUUUCUUAA